UGCUGCUGCAGGUUUUUUUUUUCUUAUCUUGAAAAGAAUUCUCAAUUUGAGACUGUUGGACGAAUCACAGCAGCAUUUCCCCUUCUCAAAGCCAGAGCUCCUGCUGGUUCUUCAGAAUGUUCUCUUUGAGGGAAAUAUCUUAUAGGUAACAAACUAUCAGGGAGGACUGUGACGUGGAGAUGGUCACUUGGGCCGCCUUGCUGACAGUAUGCAUAUGGAUACAAACGCAAACUGCCUCAGGAAAGCACGUAUGUGCUUCUACUCCACACGGGCUGGUGGAUUUUACUGUAAAAUACUCCCUCCCCCACUUCCAAACAGACAAACCUAUACAGAACAUAGCAGUGAACUGGAAUUUGCAACAGAGAGAGGUGUACAUUGCAUGCCAGAAUGUAAUAAAGGCUGUCAACCAUUCUCUGGAAAAAAUAUGGGAGGUGAAAACUGGACCUGUUGGCAGUCCUGACUGUGAGACCUGUCAGGUGUGUGACAUAGAAACAUAUCCAGAGGACCCAGUGGAUACAGACAAUGAGGUUUUGCUUUUGGAUCCUGCUGGAUUUCUCUUGCCCUACUUGUACAUUUGUGGGAGUACUCAGCAUGGCAUCUGUUACUUCAUUGACAUUAGCUCGCCACAGGCUCAGCCUCACUGUUUGUACGAUAAAAAGCGAAACUCUCCAACCGAUUGUCCAGACUGUCUGGCCAGCCCGCUUGGCGCCAAAGUCACCAUCGUUGAACAGGCGGCCACAACAUUCUUCUUUGUAGCAGCUUCUGUAAAUGACAAAGUGACACAGAGGUAUCCAAGGAGGUCAAUAUCAGUGAUGAGGCCGCUUUCGACUGAAGAUGGCUUUCUUAUGGUUAUGAAUGGGUUGACGGUGCUCCCCAGUCUACGGGACUCAUACAGUAUUGAUUACAUCUACAGCUUCUCCACCAAGGAGUAUGUCUACUUCCUGUCACUGCAGAGAGAAAAUCCAUUAAAGAGCAAUUCAGCUUUUCAGACUCGUCUGGGACGACUGCCCAUAAAAAUUCCAGAGGUGUGGAUGUACAGGGAGGUGGUCCUGGAAUGCCGCUACGACCCAAAGCGCAGGAGGAGACGGAGGGAGGGUUUCAGGGACAUUGUGUAUAACGGGUUACAGGCGGCACAUUUUGGGCGAGCUGGGAAGGAUUUGGUGGACGAGCUGAGGGUUGAUGAGACAGAAGACAUUCUGUAUGGGGCAUUUGCAGAGGUGAAUGAACGUGGUGAACCUCAGAAGAAUUCAGCCCUGUGUGCUUUCCCCUUGAGUAAAGUAAACCUCGCGAUUGAUGAAGGUGUGGAGGCGUGCUGCAAGUCAGGUCCUGAGCAACUGUCCAGAGGCCUCGGCCACUUCCAGCCACUGGAGAGCUGCCCACAUGAAAGCUUUGAUGGUAAUGACACAUGCAGUGCCAAACCCACUCUGGUAUCAAAGCCAUACUACAGACUGGACCUCUUCAACAGGCACAUGAGAGAUGUCCUUUUCACUGCUGUCCUGGUCACCACUAUUGGGAAUCACACACUGGGCCACUUUGGUACCUCAGAUGGACGCAUACUGCAGGUGAUUCUUUCUCUGUAUAGGCCUAUUGUUUUUGCCAACUAUUCUCUGGAAGGGGGCGAGGUGUCCAGGAAUGCAGCUGUGUACUCAGAAGAUUCACUUCUCUUUGUAGUUGGAAAUAAGAUGUUCAGGGUGCCUUCUGCAGGACCGGGGUGCACGCAUUUUAUGACAUGCCCCUUGUGUUUGAUGGCUCCACGCUUCAUGAACUGUGGCUGGUGUUCGGGAACCUGCUCGAGGCAGUAUGAAUGUGCUUCACACUGGAACAAGGACUCUUGCGCACCUGUCAUAACAGAGUUUUUCCCUAAAAUGGUGCCAGCUGGUGGCGACACAGAAGUGACACUGUGUGGCUGGGAGUUUCAGUCUCCCCUGCGACCUGCCAUCAUCAGCGGCACAACCCACAUCAUCAGAGUGGGCUCCGACACCUUGUGCACUGUCCUGCCUGAAAAGAGCAGCAGUAAAAUGCUAGUAUGCAAAAUUCAAGAAAAAACCGAACCGAACCAGAACCUCACCAUCACUCUGGAAGUGCACGAGGGGGAAGUGGAGGGCCGCUACUCAAUUGAAGGCACAGCUCAGAUUUCUGGCUUCUCUUUGGUGGAGCCUAGCAUAACAGAAAUCAGCCCCGACUAUGGACCCAUGUUUGGGGGAACAACAGUUACCCUGACAGGCAGAUAUCUAAAUUCUGGGAUACAGAGAGAUGUCUUCUUUGCCAAUAAAACAUGCAACAUUCAAAGUACUUCUGAAGGGAGUGGGACUUUGUCUUCAAUCAUCUGCAGCACAGUAGCUGCAGCAGGUGUGGAGAAGGUACCUGUGAAAGUGCUCAUUGACAACUUUCAAGUGACAACCACUAAGACGUUCCUCUAUAAGGAAAACCCUGUUAUAAACUCUAUACAACCUCAAUGCAGUAUCCAGAGUGGCUCCAAGCUGGUGAUAGAAGGCCAGAAUCUUGAUUCUGCCCACAAAACUGUGGUUCGGUACACUUUCAAAAAACUCAACAAGUCUCUUGAGCAAGUCUGCAACGGCACCAUAAAUGCGACACAUAUGGAGUGCUGGGCCCCUGCUUUUCCUGAGGAAAUGCCAGAAGAGAAGUCUCACUUAGGAUUGCUUUUUAUUAACAUGGAUGGAAAAAAUAACCUCUGGAAUGGACGGUUUGACUAUCUUCCCAAGGUCAAAGUUAUCCCCUUUGAAAGCGAUGACAAUUUAUUGCUUCUUAAACCAGGAGAGACGGAAGUAUCACUGCAUCAUAGCAAUCUGAAUAUAGUGAACACAUGUAUGAAGAUCAUAAUGACCAUUGGGGGUGUGAACUGCAACGCUCAGGUGCUGUUAAAUGAGCUGACCUGCAGGAUUCCUAAAGGUCUGGUUAUUCGCAGUGAAGGACUACCUGUCAGGGUGUAUGUGAAUGGGGAAGUCUAUGAUGUUGGCACAGUAGUGAACGAUGACAGCAACAACAAAUCUGUGAUUGCGGGCAUUGUGCUGGGCAUUAUUGCUGCAUUGGUAGCAGGUGCUGGCCUAGCGUUAAUUGUGAUGAUGCAUUUGAGGAAGAAAAAGAGAGCCAACAUUGAGAAUCGUUUAUCAACAAUGCUCUCACGGAACCGAAUGGACAGCAGCACUGGUUUCUCCCCAACAGGUGACUACAGACGUGUCGAUAUGUCCAGGCAAACAUCAGGUUCAGGAGGAAUGGCCUUAUCGAAUUCUGCCAGCUAUGAUCAUCUUGCCAUUCCUUUAAUGCCACGGGACAAUGUCUCAAUGGUCAGUCUAAGCCCUGAACUUCUGGAUGAGGUCAAAAAUGUAUUGAUUCCUGCUGAGAUGCUCCAAAUUAAGGACAGCCAGAUUAUCGGCAAAGGACACUUUGGGACAGUUUAUCAUGGAUACCUGAUAGACAGCAACAAGAAAGAGACCCACUGUGCAGUUAAAUCGUUGAACAGGAUCACAGAUUUGGGGGAGGUGGACCAGUUCCUCAGAGAGGGCCUCAUCAUGAAAGGUUUCCACCACCCUAACAUACUGUCUCUGCUGGGCAUCAUGCUGCCAAAAGAAGGGCUCCCUCUGGUGGUUCUACCAUAUAUGAAGCAUGGAGAUGUGCGUCAUUUCAUCCGCUCUGAGAAAAGGAACCCAACAGUGAAAGACCUGAUUGGCUUUGGUCUUCAGGUUGCCAUGGGGAUGGAGUAUUUAGCCCAGAAAAAGUUUGUCCACAGAGACCUGGCUGCACGUAACUGCAUGCUAGAUGAAACCUUCACAGUAAAGGUGGCUGACUUUGGCAUGGCGAGGGACAUCUAUGACAAGGAGUACUACAGCAUUCAAGAUCACAAACGGGUCAAGCUACCAGUGAAGUGGAUGGCCAUCGAAAGCCUGCAAACACAAAAGUUCACUACCAAGUCCGACGUGUGGUCAUACGGCAUCUUAAUGUGGGAGCUGCUGACCAGAGGUGCUAGCCCAUAUCCAGGUGUAGACCCCUAUGACAUCACACACUACUUGUUGAAGGGACGUCGACUGCCACAGCCACAGUUUUGCCCUGAUAACCUGUAUUCCAUCAUGCUGGCAUGUUGGGACCCGGAUCCUGAUUGCAGACCUACCUUCAAUAACUUGGUUACAGAAGUACAACACAUUCUGUCAUGCCUGGAAGGAGAGCACUACAUCAGUCUGAAGGUUAACUAUGUCAACUUGGACCAGCCAAGGCCUUACCCAUCCCUGACUAGCUCUGCAGAUGAGACUGAGGUCUCAGACUUGGAUAUGGACAGUUAUGCUGCCAGCUGAGGGAGCAGAGCCUCUCUGAUCGGAACAAAAAAAUCUGGGCUAAAGUUGCAAGGCAUGCAAGGGACGACUUAACCUGGAUUCAUUUAUGUGUUACAUAAAUUGUUGAUCCUGUCUACAGACCUGACCACAUUUAAUACUUACAUAAUCAGGCAGUCUCACUGGGAUUAAGAUCUCUUUUUCAAGAAGAGGAAACACUCACAAGGACAAAAUUAGCAAACAGAAACAACUUGACACUCAAGAGUUAAUAAAAACAAUCAGUAAAUAUCAGUCAGCAAAGUUUCAAAAUCUCCAAGGAAUGUAAGACUGGUAGUUUGCAGCUCAUUCCAUUUAAAAGGUACGUAGUACCUGAACCCAGUUCUGCCAAAACUAGGGAUAGUAGGGAUGGUGUAUUGUUGAUAGUUUCAUAAAUAAAUAACAUGAGGUGACUAUUUCUUCUUCACUGUAAGGAUGUCCAUCCAAUCAGCUGAUACACACAACAAUGAUCAGUACAUAAUUUGUCAUUUGUGGUAAAGUGUGAUGCACUGUGAUACACGAGUUUAAUUGCUGAAGAGGCAGCAUGACAAUACAGAGUAUCUCAAGGACAGACAUGAAGGUUAACUGCACAAUAGUUUUCGAGUUGGAAGAAGACAGAACUCCUUCAGUUCUGUGCAAGAAUUUUGAUUUUUAGUUUUUGAAUCGCAAUUGUAUAUGAAUCUUGAAUUAUGGUCUGCUGUCAAGUCAAAUUCUUAAAUAUUUCUAUAAUAGUGCCGUUUAAAGUUUUAAUGGCAGAAUGGUUAGAGUCACAGUUGGAGGUGGAGAAGGACAAAUACUUGUUCUUUUCUGCAUGUUAAAACUACAAUCUUGAAUUUGAAAGGGCAGACUGAAGACAUGAAAUUGUAUCAUCAGUGAAAAAAUUAACGUACUUACGUUAAGUACUGAUAAGUAUUCGCAGUGCACUAAGAAAAGACCCCUGUGGCAGCUGUUUCUGAUGGCAAGAUAGUUUGACUGGCUACCUUCAGGUACAACAGACUGAGUUCUUCCUGUGAGGUAAGAGUGAAACCAACUAAGCAUGGUUUUGUGUAGAUCAAAAGACUGUAACUUGUGGAGUUCACGAUCAACGGUAUCAAACGCUUUUGAGAGGUCAACAAACAGACAAUGUUAUCAGUGACUGAGGCUGCGGCCGUUACUGUGCUAUGACCCAGGUGAAAACCAGACAGUGAGUCAAUAAGGGAGCAUAGUUGUAAAUUAACCAAUGAUUCUUGGAAUUUUGCUAAGAAAGUUGAUGGUAGUUCUUCAUAUCUGAGCCAUCACCAUUUUAGUUUAAUGGUAUUACUGUGGUUCUCUUCCAAGAAGCAGGAAUCAUGCCUGUUAAAAAGAUUUGGUUAAAAAUAUGUGCUAAAUGAGGACAGAUUAAGGGGGCAAAGAAGAUGUGGGUCAAGAUUAUCUGCACCAGUGUUUUUGUAUGCUUUCGCUGAAACCAAACUUUACAUCUGUGCUGCUUUCCAAGCUAAAGCAAAAUUUGCAUUUGGGAGAAGUGGAGGCUUUGGGGACUCCCUCUGCUGGACAGAUAUGGGAAUUGACUUCAGUAAAAUCUGCAACAGCAUUAAAUUAAAGACCAGAGGUCAGGAGGUGAUUAAAAGCUUCAACCAUGUUAGGAAUAUGACCAGAUGUUUAAUUUAAGGUGGGAGGUUUGACUAAAUCAAGUUCUUGAGGGGUGCUAUGAUGGUACAAAAUUUUGUGAAACUGUCUCAUCCAGAAGGGGCUUACAGAUAGUAAAUUGAGUUAGCCUUUGUAAUCAUGCUGGUGCAGGUUGUCUAAAUGUUAACCAGUCCUCAGAGUUGGAUCUGGAGCCAGCGGAUUUACCCUCGGUCCAGGCUUUGUCUCUGUUGUGGAUGGCAAAGGAGAGUUGUGGGGAGAACCAAGGACUGUAUCUGGUUUUGCUUUUAAUGGUUUUUAUGGGGCAUGUCUGUCAGCAGUAACAGUAAAAAAAAUGUGAAAAGUAUUUCAGUGCCACGACAGGAUCAGUAAUAGUGACAAUAAUAAAAUGUUUCUAAUUUCUUGUGGUAAAAUAUUGCAUAUAGGUUUAGGGAUUUUAGUGUCUCUGACAGGACGUGAUGCGUUAGUGAAGACUAAUGUCCAGUGAAAACUGUAGCGACAGGUUACUUUUUGCCUGGAAGAUUUGGGUACUGAUUUAAAAGACACUGUAGGUACAAUAAACUGUUCUCUGAGCUGAGAUAAAAUCAUGCUGGAAAUUCCCCAUCUGUUAUUGCAUUUUAUUUGAAGCGAAACAGAGACAGCAUGUAGAUGGAAGAAAAUCUUUUUCUUUUCUUCACACAGCUCAAGUGUGAAUGAGACAAAAUGAAUGUGAAAAGUGCUUUUAUAUGUGCUGUUAUAUAUAUAUAUAUGACUGAUUCUUGGCAGGGGGUGGGGGGAUUAAAUGCUGACAUUUGCUUACAUGUGCUCUAGGAGUCAACAUUUUUACAUUUUUGGCAUUUUAUAAUAUAUAACAUGGAUAUUACAUUCCCUUCAAAUAUGCUAUUAAAUGCAGACUUAAUAGUGGCUGUGUACAUGCAAAAUCAUUGUACUGGGCGUACAGAUUUUGAGGCUGUGUCAUAAGCUCUGCACCCACUGAAUUAUGCAGUGAGCUGUCUGUGCUGUUCAUACAGUAUAUUGACUGAGGCUUGGAAACACAUCUAGUCCCUGUCAUCAUCACUAGAGGGCAACCAAUGCCUCCUAAAGCAUAUUUCAGUUGCUGCUGCAGUGAUGCUCUGCACAACAUACUGCACCAAUAUAUUUAUCUGAACCUCAGUCUUUUAAAUCAAUCAACAUGGCAUAGCAUCCCGUCUAUAUUGCACAUAUAAACACAAUUUUUUGGAGGUUUCAGAAUUUUAUUCACUGAUACACACAACUUUUAGACUGAUGAAGCCGUACAGUUUAACUCAAUAAAAUAGUUCAUGUUAACUAACAAGCAUUCUACCUGGGGUAAUACAUUUGGUUCUGAUAUAUUUUUUUUUUUUUUUUUUUUUUUAUUGCUACAUUUCCUCUCUAGGUUGCACUAAAAAUAGUUUUUUGCACAUACACAUGUGCAUUCUUGUCUCUAAAUGAUGUCAACAAAUUGAAUAAAAAGAAACACUGAUGGGAAAAUGA